AUGGUCAACAAGACCUUAACCUACUGGGGUCCCGGCUUCGAGGAGGACGUUAUCAACAUCAACGUCGGGGGGCUGAGGCGGCGGCUCAGCUCCAGCGCCCUCUCCAAGUUCCCCGACACCCGCCUGGGGCGCCUGCUCUCCUGCGACUCGGAGGAGUCCAUCCUGCAGCUCUGCGAUGACUACGACGUGAGCGCCAGGGAGUUCUACUUCGACCGAAACCCUGGCUUCUUCCUCUACGUGCUCCACUUCUACCAGACGGGGAAGCUGCACGUCAUGGAGGAGCUCUGCGUCUUCUCCUUCUGCCAGGAGAUCGAGUACUGGGGCAUCAACGAGUUCUUCCUGGACUCCUGCUGCAGCUACCGCUACCACGAGCGCAAGCUGGAGGGCCGGCACCACAACUGGGACGAGGAGAGCGAGGUGAGCAGCGUGGACACGUCUCCGGACGAGAUCUCCGACAUCAACCACGAGCUGCUGCGCUACAGCACGCUGCGCUGCGGCAACGCGCGCAAGCGCCUCUGGCUCACCAUGGAGAACCCCGGCUACUCCAUCCCCAGCAAGCUCUUCAGCUUCGUGUCCAUCAGCGUGGUGCUGGUCUCCAUCGCCACCAUGUGCAUCCACAGCAUGCCCGAGUACCAGGACGCGGACGAGGCCGGCAACGUGCUCGACGAAGCCGUCCUGCACAAACUGGAGUAUUUCUGCAUCUCCUGGUUCACCUUCGAGGUGUCCUCCCGCCUUCUGCUCUCCCCCAACCCCAAGAAGUUCUUCAAGCACCCCCUGAACCUGAUCGACAUCGUCUCGGUGCUGCCCUUCUACUUCACUCUCUUGGUGGACCUGACCAUGGGCAGCGACUCGGAGCUGGGCAACCUGGGCAAGGUGGUGCAGGUCUUUCGGCUCAUGAGGAUAUUCCGGGUGCUGAAGCUGGCUCGGCACUCCACAGGGCUGAGGUCCCUGGGGGCCACCUUGAAGCACAGCUACCGGGAGGUGGGCAUCCUGCUGCUCUACCUGGCCGUGGGGGUCUCCGUCUUCUCUGGCGUGGCCUACACCGCGGAGAAGGAGGAGGAUGUCGGCUUCGACACCAUCCCGGCGUGCUGGUGGUGGGGCACAGUCAGCAUGACCACGGUGGGCUACGGCGACGUGGUGCCCGUCACUGUGGCGGGCAAGCUGGCUGCCUCGGGCUGCAUCCUCGGGGGCAUCCUGGUGGUGGCACUGCCCAUCACCAUCAUCUUCAACAAGUUCUCCCAUUUCUACCGCAAGCAGAAGGCGCUGGAGGCCGCCGUGAGGAACAGCGAGAAGAAAGACCCCGAGGACACGGAGAGCUGCUCCAGCCACGACCGGGACUCGGAGGCUCUGAGCGAAACCUCCCUGGGCAGAGGCAGCCCCGACCGCCGCGGUCUGACCCCCGGCGGCCUGCCUGCCCCCUGA